GUAUAGUGUGAGUUUGUGAGAGCAAUGAAGUGCGUUUUCUGGGUGUGUGUAUGUAUGAUUAUUGCAUGUGUCUCUAUGUGUAAGUGAGUGUGUUGAGUGUGCUUCAUUAUAUUCGUAUUUUUGGUGUAUGCGCGUAUGAGUUUUGUGCAUGUAGGCGGGUAUGUUGUGUGUAUAAGGGUAAUGUUUGCUAGUUCCAUGAAUGUGUUAGCGCUCUUCUUUUUCAAAGAUUUCGGCGCAUGGGCUGAGGGUGGCUGGCGCUACCUUAUCCAGGAGUAGGGGGAGGUGCGUUUUUCGGUCCUGUGUCCUCGCGAUGGAUAUCUUGGCUCACGUGUGGUCGUGAGGCCUGUAAUGUAUCGAGAAGCCAAGGAGAUCGAUUCAGAUCAUUAUAAUGAUGUAUGUAUGGCCGAGCGCUAUACUGUGGAAUAUGAAGGGGAUGGAUUGUACAUCUCCAAGCGGAAGGGUCCAGGUAGAGCGCCCUUCACCGUCGUCAUUCAUGAAGGGAACGACAGGCCAAAUAGGACCGGUGCCUCUACAACCAUCCGAUCGUCCUACCAUCGUAUACAUGAAGUGUGACGUGUUGGAGAGUUCCCUAACUUACCAGACGCUCUUAAACUCUCGCUGUCAUAGCAUUUUUGAGCUGUUUAAAGUUAUAGCUCUGGCGCGUGAUUGAAUUUUAUUUUAUCAAGUUUUAAUAAUGAUCAAUAAUAUGAUAUUUUGUAUCUUUUGACAAAAAAAGGAAAAUUGUGUAUUUAUUUGCGUAUACCUUGUCAUUCCCUCCAUUCCUGCACUUAAAGAAAUAUCUCAUUGUGAGAAAAUAAAAUAUUAUAUAGCUUUUCUUUCAUAUUUUAUGAAAUAAGUGGAAAAACGAUCCAAACAACCUUAAAAAAGAGAAAAAAUACGGUAAAAUGCUGAAUAGUUUAAUUAAUAAGGCUAAGCUUUUGUAUGAAAGGAGAGAAAUAAAGAAAAAUAGUUAUAAUUCUAAAAAUCUAUGUAAGUUAAUUAACAAAAAACUGAAGAGGUGAAAAGAAAGAACAAUGCAUAAAUUGUAUCUAUAAUAAUAAUAAGAGUAACAUUUUCAAUCCUUAAGAAAUAGGUAAUCAAAUGAAUAUGUACUUUAGCAA